AGCAUCGAUGCAGUCAUCAUCAUCAGCCGGAAGACGUCCCCUGCUGGAGAAAGGCCUCCCCCUUAGCUCUCCACAUCGAAUGACAAGUUGCCACUUGCAUCCAUUGGCUCCCCGCGACUCUGACGAUGUCGUCGGUCCACCUAGUGGGAGGCGUGCCCACACUGCGUUUUCCGGUCCUUGGUCGCCACUCUAGCACUUUUC